UAACUGAUGAAAUUGUUCAUUGCUGUCACGAGACUGUCUGACAUAUGCUAACUAGCUAUCUGGUAGCCAACCAAAUAAGCUAACGUCUGAUUGAAUAUAUAUUAAAUAUACCAAACUACUUACUUUAUUGCACGUCAUUAUAAAGAUAAGAUAAUGAAAUGAAGAAUAUGUCACAGCUAAUCCAGCUACAUGCUAACGUCAACAACUUUGUUGAAUCACGUGACCCAAUCACAUGUCAGACUUCCUGUUGGUCACUUUUCGUGUUUUUAAACCUUUUGCCUAAUUAAAGUACAUCAUCUACAUUUUAUUGUGUUUUUAAAUCUUCUAUAUUAUUUUUGAUAACUUAAACGAUAAGAACGCAACAUAUUUGUUUCAAUAAGAGAAUUAGCAUAGAGCAGUAUGUAUUCAUAAUCAUAACUACUGUAAUAAUGGUAAUGAUAACGAUAUGGCGCCAUAGUAAGGCUACUAAAUAAUCACAAUAUAGUUGUUUUUUUUUGCAUGGAGGAGUCUGAUAAUUGUUGCAGCCCUAAUAGGGACGCUGCUACUACUUUUCUACUAGACAGGGCUUUGGCACCAUCUUGUGCCGUGUUACAAAAAGAAAGAACAGGUAAGCUUUUCGGAUGACUUAUUAAAAAGUAAGCAAAUGGCUAAACUUCCAAUAGUAAACACUAUUUUAGUCUGGUGAAAAUUGGUAUGCCGGCGCGUUCGGUUUAUCUUAUCGUUUUUGGCCUCAUUGCUGCUGAUUGGUUGUUUGUCCCAAAAAGGGGAACUCAUGCUGUUCACGAACAUCAUUAGCAUUUAGUUGGCCUCUCUGGGGACCACCAUCCUCCCCUCCCCCCUUUCUCUCGCUCUCUCAAUCUCUCUCUUGCACCAUCUGCUCACGUGACGCAGCGCUGACUGCUACCCGGCCCUCCUCCGCCACAGCGGUCGGCCAUCUUGGUCAACACCCAGUGUGCAUCCAGCCACCACGAGCCCCCAAUCAGACUCCAGAGGAGGAGGGUGGUGGAUGAUUGUUUUUUCCCCCUUUAAAUCCAUCGCCUGCACAAAAGGGAAGAAAAGGGAGGGAAGGGGUGGAGGAGUGAGGAAGCGCAGCGUCUCCGUCAGUCACAAGGAGGAGGAGAGAGAGACCUGCUCUAGACAUCCUUUUUGUCCCCUCAUUGGGAAUUCCGGGGCAACAAGCACAACCGCUUGUUAGGUGUUUUUGUUUUUGCCGAGUCAUCACCACCCGCCACCAUGUCGGAUUUGACGCCACAGAGCGAGACGCCGACGCCCACCACUGACAAGAUCACGCAGGCCGCCCGGGAGACCAUCUAUCUGUGUAACUUCCGCGUGUCGGUGGACGGCGAGUGGCUGUGCUUGCGCGAGCUCAAUGACAUCUCCCUCACGCCGGACCCCGAGCCGGCCCAUGAAGAUCCCAAGGACCCCAUCACCAUCGAGAGGCUCAACCUGAUGAACAUGGCCAAGCUCAGCAUCAAAGGCCUGAUCGAGUCGGCACUCAACCUGGGACGCACACUGGACUCGGACUACGCGCCUCUGCAGCAGUUUUUCGUGGUCAUGGAGCACUGCCUUAAGCACGGCUUGAAAACCAAGAAGACCUUCCUGGGCCAGAACAAAUCAUUCUGGGGUGCCUUGGAGCUGGUGGAGAAGCUGACGCCCGAGGCCGGGGAGAUCACCGCCAGUGUCAAAGACCUGCCUGGACUCAAGACGCCGCUAGGAAGAGGCCGCGCUUGGUUAAGACUUGCCCUGAUGCAGAAGAAGCUGUCCGACUACAUGAAAACCAUCAUCAACAGGAAGGACCUGCUGAGUGAAUUCUACGAGCCCAACGCUCUGAUGAUGGAGGAGGAGGGAGCCGUCAUCGCCGGAUUGCUCGUCGGGCUCAACGUCAUCGACGCCAACCUGUGCAUGAAAGGAGAAGACCUGGACUCGCAGGUUGGAGUCAUCGAUUUCUCAAUGUACCUAAAAGACGGCGGCCACAGCAGCAAGAGUGCAGAAGGUGACGGUCAGAUCACCGCCAUACUCGAUCAGAAGAAUUACGUGGAGGAGCUCAACAGACACUUGAGUGCUUCCGUAAAUAACCUCCAGGCCAAAGUGGACGCGUUGGAGAAGUCCAACACCAAGCUCACAGAAGAGCUGGCAGUGGCCAACAACAGGAUCAUCACACUGCAAGAGGAUGUUGAGCGGGUGAAAGAAGAGAGCUCCUAUCAUCUGGAGUCCAACAGGAAGGCACUGAGAAGCGACUCGGCAACAGCCGACGGCCCGGCGCUGGGCGAAACGCGCAAGCAACUCAAAGAGGAGACGCUCCUUCGACUGGACGUGGAGAAGGAGCUGGAGGUGCAGAUCGGCAUGAAGCAGGAGAUGGAACUGUCCAUGAAGAUGCUGGAGAAGGACGUAUGCGAGAAGCAGGACGCGCUGGUGGAGCUGCGGCAGCAGCUGGACGACCUGCGCGUCAUCAACCAGCAGCUCAGCCACAAGUCGCAAAGCGCCGACGCCAGCUCCAAGCAGAAGAGUGACGCCGUGGCCCGUCUGGAGGAAAAAAUUAGCCAGAUGUCAGGCACCAUCAAACAGCUGGAGAGCAGAUGCAAACAGGCUGAGCGGGAAAAGGAGGCGGUGCUAGAGGCCAACCGCCUCUUCAAGCGCGAGUUUGGGGACAAGAUUGAGAGCCUGGAGGUGGAGCUGGAGCGGCUCCGGAAACACAGGUCCAACCUGGAGGCGGAGCAAAGGAGGGAGCAAGACCACCACCUGGGCAGCACGCAGCGCGAGAAUGUCCCUCAACCUCAAUCGGGAUCUCCGGCAGCGAUGAAGGACCUCAGAGUGACAGCAGAGGACAAAAGCAGCCCAAACUCCAGCUUGUCCUUCUGCCCGUCUUAUGAUGAUGAUAAUGAGGAGGACAUCAGUGAAGCUUCUGUAUGCAGCAUGUGCGAGCUGAAAGACUCACUCCUCAAGACAAAGAAACGGUGCAAGAACUGCGGCGGCGUGUUCUGCGAACGCUGCGUGGCCAACGAGCUACCGCUACCGUCGUCCAUCUUGCCUGAGGUUGUGUGCUCCGCCUGCUACGCGCAUUUACUGCAGCAGUACGCUUCCACGUCGCCAGCGUAAAAAAAAAAGAACCGCCAACGUGAACGCUGUGCUACAACUGGAACUGCAACAUGCACUUUUUAACACUCUCCUCAUAAUGGACACCUGCAAUCAACCCCUGUGAAAUGUUUCAGAUCUACCAUCUACUUCAAGUAGACUUAAAGAAAUAUAUUUUAAAACACAUAUCUUAAAUCUGCCAAGUAGUGGGGAAACACAAGAUGGUACCAUUAGGUGUCAUGAAGACAUUUUGCCCGGUUGUUGAUAUAAUGACAAGACUGAAAACUUUAAGGACUUAAAAAUCAGCUAUGCUUCAUUUACAUUUAAAAUAAACUAGUGACACGCAUGUGAUGAAACCAGGAAUGGUUUAUUGUUUGAUGCCAUACUUGAAUAAAGAACAUCUGUGUGUCAGCAGAAAGACAAAAACAUUGGAAACGUUAGCCUCAAGAGGAAAAUGGCAAAUCAAAAAAAAGGUAAUGAAGCAAAAUCUGUUUACCUGGCUUAGAAGCGCUUUUUUCACCUUUCGUUAUCAGGCACAGAAUUGAGGAACAGCUCAAUGUAUCUUCCACCUAAAAACCAAAAUGUUGAGCUGCAAAAAUCAAAAGGAAAGACAUAUCUGCCGCUUUCAAGUGCGUGAAGCUUCACCUAUGUACAUUCUGUCUUUGGACAUUGCUGCCACGGCGUCACAGUGGCUGGCGAAGUAAACGUCGGCGUCGCCGCUGGGCCUGCCGUUAGGUCCCAGGUCCAGGCGGAUCCUGGACACCGCCAGCGGGGCGAAGAACUGUAGCACAACCGAUCAACUUUUUACAAUUGUCAGACUCAAGUAAGCCAUGUGGUCCGUACAGAAGGUUUACCUUUACAAGAUCCUCUCCAGAGGCCUGGAAGGGAAGUCCUCUCAAGUGGACGUGAUGUGACACGUUGGACAGUUUAGCAGGGACUGAUGCAGCGGCUAAGAAAAAAUUUAGUACAACUCUGACAUUUUAGGAUAGAUGGAUAAACAUUCAUAUUAAAUAAGACCAUAAUUCUGUUUUUUUUUUUUAAAUUAAAAACAAGGAUAAAGUGAUGAACUGUCUUGUUUUACAAAAGAACUUGAUUUUUUUCUUUUUUAAAUUACCGGGGUUGUCGGGUGCGAGUGCAGGUCUGACCCUGCUCCUGGAGGUUUCGUUUGCAUUUUCUGAAGAAUGCCGCCAUUUUGAAUGAAUCUCUUGACUGCAACUGGGAAACACUUCAAUGUAUCUGUCACAGGAAGAGGGGGGGGGGGGAUAACAGGAAAGUAAGUGAUGUGUUUCAGAGAUAUAUAGAUAUAUAUAGAGAGAGAAAGAGAUGUUAAAGUGAAGGUGUUUUUUUUUUUUUACCUUCUACAGGCAAAGUUUUGAGUUGAGCGCCUUUUAUUGCAAUACCACAUGUUGCCACAACGAGCUGAGCAGACACGUACGCGUCACCUAACAUCACGAGGGUUCGCUUCGAAUGUCUGACCUGUUCCCUAUGAGCUCUCUGUCUCUUUGCAGCGCUUCAUCAGCCGCUUGCUGCGAGGAAAACCACACAAAAGCCUCCCCCGUCCUUCUCCCUCUGCUAUUCAUUACCAUGGUGAUGCCUUUCUCCAAAAUCUCCAAACCUGAAACACACAAACGCAUUUUUACAUACUUACCUACGAGCAACACUGGAUUAGGUACACCGUACCAGUAAAGAAGUGCACAAUGUCGUCCUCGGUGCAGGUGAAGGGGAGACCUCGGAGCCGAACCACCCGGGUGUCGGUGGGAAACAGCAACGCUUUCUUCAGGAUGUCCUCGGCAUCGUUGUUUGUUACCUCAUACACUAGGAAGGGUGAGUGCACCAUUUUAUUAGGUACACUUGGACUAUGAUUAGUUGAGAAUUUUAAGCUGCAGCUUUAAGGAGGCCACAACAUUGAAAAUGUUAAGUGUAGUGAGUGGAAGGUCGAGAGCUCACACCUUCCACAUAGCGAGGUCCGAGGUACUGCCGGUGCUUCUCCAGGGCUUUGCUCACAUCCUCCUCAUGCUCCAGCUCCACAAAGGCACGUCCCGACGGCCUACCCUGCUGGUCCACAGUCAGGUGCACGCCCGAAGUCCCGUCGCGGACACGACAUUCUG